GCAGCCAUGGGACGCCGCAGUUGCCGGAGUCCGGGCACGGAGACCGAACGCGAGCAGCAGUAGCAGGAGCGCGAGAGACCAUGGACGGUGAUGACUUCACCUUCGCCGCCGUCCCGCCGCCUCUUCUGGCAGCAGGCGGCGGCGGCGGCGGUCGCAUGGGCCCACUGUACCCAGUCUUCGGCCGGCCGAGGUCCCCGCCUCGGCCUGCGCCGGAGCCGGUGACAGCCACCGCGCGGGUGCCGUUAGGGCGGCUUCUGCUGGUGGACAGGGAACCGACGCCGGCGGAGGACGGCGACCUCGACUCGGUGCCGGCGGAGAUGUACUGCCCGUGGUCCCCCGGGUGGGCGGCGGCGGCGGCGUCCCCGGCGCGGUGCAAGAAGAGCGGCUCCACGGGGUCGGUCCUCCGGUGGCGGCCGCGGCUCGUCGGGCGGAGCCAGAGCGACGGCAAGGAGAAGUUCGUGUUCUUGAGCACCAGCGCCUCCGGCCGUAAGGGGAGGACCGGCGGCGGCGACGGUGGCGUCGCUGCCGCUCUCGGCGGCCACGCCUGGAGCCACUACGCGAAGGGCGGCGGCAAUGGCGGCGCGCGCCGGAGGUCGUUCCUGCCGUACAAGCAGGACCUCGUCGGGCUGUUCGCCAACACCGCCGUGUUCCGCCGGAGCUACCACCCGUUCUGACGUAGCGUACGUGCGCGUGCUCCCGGUGUGGUUCUAUCCUACCUGCAUAUACGUAACAAAUACGUACAGCUACUAAGUUGGUCAGUUCGGUGUGAUAUACUUUGCUCUCUGAUUGAUCGGUAACUCUUGCUGGUUUGUUUGUUGGUAAUCAUCGGUUUAUGAUCACGUACGGUGUAACAGAGCUUGUAGCAGGCCACAGGUGCAGUGUGUUAGUUUGUGCACACUCCAUUUCAUUUAGCAUUCGAGAUUAGAUUUUUUUGAUUUUCUUUUUUCCUUUUCUUUUGCUGUCUUGCUUGUAGAACAGAGGUAUUUUGGAUUAUGCAGCGUGAUCUAUUAAUCUAUUAUGACUUGA